AUGAAGGAGCGAGAAGUCGACUUUCGGGCACUCGACUAUGUGUCGACAUACGAUGACAACCUCUCUUGCCCCAUCUGCCGAAGCGCCUUUGUGGACCCUGUCGUCGUGUCGGACUGCGAUCACCACUUCUGCCGCGACUGUCUCGAUUAUACAAGCAGCUGGAAUCAACGCUCUGGCACUUGCCCAAUCUGUCGCCGAGCUGGAAGACUGAACGGUUCCGGAUCGGCAUCGAAGCUCUUGGUCAACAUGCUGGAUGAGCUCGUCGUCAAGUGCCCAAAGGAAGCCGAGGGAUGCGACAAGCAAAUCAAGCGAGGCCACUUGGUCGACCACAUCAACAUCUAUUGCCAAUACACCUUGGUCGACUGUCCACAACCUGAAUGCGAGCUGAAGGUACGGCGCAAGGACGCAGCGCAGUGUCUUCACCAGCCAGUGGCCUGUCUCGCCUGUCGUCAGAACAUGACCGUGCAAGAUCUUGAUUCCCAUUGGCGGAACGAUUGCGCCGACCACCAUGUUCCAUGCCCUUCCUGCGCCGCCUCGAUACCCUACCGCUACCAGAAGACCCAUCUUGCCCUUCACUGCCCAGAGACGAAUGCCGCCUGUCCUGCUCGCCAGUUCGGCUGUCCCUUCAACACAAAACGCAAGCAUCUACCGAGUCAUGCCCUCAUGUGCUCCCUGGCCAAACUCGCCCCUUACCUUUCCGCUCAACAACAACGUCAAGAUGAACAAGACCAAGCCCGUCUGCUGCAAGAGAAGAAGCUAGCAACCCUGCAACAAGACCUCGAUUACUACAAGAUGCAGCCACAGCAAGAAAAGAGAGUAGCAGCUCCACCUGAGGACACGUCUUAUUUCGCAAACAAUCUCGCCGAUUUCGAGCUGUCAGACUUCGAAGACUUCCAGCCUCACGCAUCGCCGACACAGCACCUCCUCUCACUGCAUGAAAACCUGCGCGAAGAGGUCUCGCGUCAAGCAAACACAAUCCACGAAGUCGAUACCAGACUCAGUAUGAUGCUGUUGAACGAGAACAUGCGUCUCAAGGACGAGUUGGCCUACCAAGGUGCUCAGCUUAGCGCGCUCAUGCGACAGGUCGGCUGGUUGACAAACGCUCGCCUGCAGUCUGUUCAACCAAACCUCGUCUCGCCCACAGACCCGGCCGAUCAAGGUCCCAGCGAUUCCUCAAGGAUCAACCCGCGUCUGCCUGUCAGGCGCACAACCGACGAAGGAAGGACAAAGCUGUGA